UCUUCUUUAAGAUACAUUAAGAUUUUCCUUCACUUCUCAUAAAUCUUCUGAUUCUUCUCUCUUGGUUUUGCUGCUUUGGUAAAGACAGAAACAAGAACCUCUCUUACAUUAUGUGUGUUAUGUUUUAGUACACAAACAUUCUUAACACACAUUAUCAAUAGUUAUGCAAAGCUUCAAAACAGCUCAAUCAAACUCUCAACUCUAUUGCCACCAACCCUUCUUGCUUAGAGGAGAAGACAUAAACAGAAACACAAUGCGUUUUUCUGAUAUUGGAGACUUUCAUCAUUCUUCUCCUUUCUUUCCACAACAAGAUGUUGUUGAUUUAACUUCAAAUUGUAUGUUUAGUAGUGUAAAGUCGAACAAUGUUGUUAUAGGUGGUAGUAACAUGCAGUAUGGGACAACAAUCAACAUGAAUGUUGGGUCUGCAGAGAUUGCUUCAAAUGGUGCAGGGUGUUCGGAUGCAGGGCUGCAGCAGCACCAGCAGCAGCACCAACUGAUGUACAACAAGGGAAUAGCUUCCUUGCCUUUGGGGAAUUGUCAUGUUGAGAAUUGGGCUGAUUCUGGCGUGGCUGAUAAUAAUAGCCAACAGACUGAUGAUACUUCCACUGAUAUUGAUAUCGAUACCGAUGAUAAACACCAAUCCAAUGGAGGAAACGCUCACUCUAAUAAUCAGACCAAGUUCAGAGCUGAAGAUCACAAGACCCUUCGCAGACUUGCUCAGAAUCGCGAGGCGGCAAGGAAAAGCCGGUUACGGAAGAAGGCAUAUGUACAGCAGCUGGAGAGCAGUCGAGUCAAGCUUAUGCAAUUAGAGCAAGAGCUUCAACGAGUACGUGAACAGGGCAUGUUUAUUGCAAAUCCUGGAGAUCAAGGUCAUUCGUCUGUUGGAAAUGGUGCUCUAGCAUUUGACAUGGAAUACACCCAUUGGGUUGACGAGCAUCAACGUAUGCUCAAUGAUCUAAGAUCGGCGUUAAAUUCUCAAAUGGGUGAUAAUGAAUUGCAUCUGCUUGUCGAUGGUGUUAUGUCACAUCAUAAUGAGUUAUUUAGGUUAAAGAGCAUAGGGGCAAAGACUGAUGUAUUUCACAUGCUCUAUGGGUUGUGGAAGACACCAGUAGAAAGAUUUUUUAUUUGGCAUGGUGCAUUUCGUUCAUCUGAAAUUCUCAAGAUAGUAAAGAACCACCUCGAGCCGUUAACUGAAAAUCAGUUGAUGGGAAUUUGUAGUCUUCAGCAGUCUACUCAGCAGGCUGAGGAUGCUUUAUCUCACGGCAUGGAAGCAUUGAAACAAUCUCUUUUAGAAACACUUUCCUCUACCCCCUCAGUAUCCGGUACAGGUUCUGGAAAUGUAUCUGAUUACAUGGGCCAGAUGGCAUUUGCAAUGAACAAGCUUGCAUCCCUAGAGGAUUUUCUUCAUAAGGCUGACCUCUUGAAGCAAGAAACUCUGCAACAGUUGCAAAGAAUUUUGACGACACGUCAGACUGCAAGGGCUCUCCUUGUCAGAAAUGAUUACAUUUCAAGACUACGAGCACUUAGUUCGUUAUGGUUGGCACGCCCAAGGGAGUAGCGGUGGACUUACAUUAUUAAUAUAAUCAUCAAGAUCUAGCUAUGGUGCAUUUUCUAUGUUUCCUCCAUAUUAAUUGGUUGUUUAUGUUAACUUUGUGAUAGAAACUCAGUCAUUAAUAAUCUGUUAUAAUCUCUUAUACUGAGAAGAAACCUUAUCACUGGUA